CUUAUUUUGAGAUUUGAAUAUUUUGGAGCGCGUCAGUCAACAGUUGCGUUCUGUUGCCAGCGCAAAUGUUUUGUUUCGGUAUUCCGUGGUUUGAUAUCCAUACAUUUGAAUAUCACCGGUUUUAGUAUGAUCCCUUCAACCUGGGAUGAGCUUAGAAUACAAGCUCGAGUACUGGAGAGCGAGAUUGAUUCAAAAUUAGCUGCUUUUGGUAAAAUUGGAACUCGACCAGUAGAACACAAACACAUUCCUCGUUUUACCAAUUCUGGAAUAAUCAGUAAAAGCAAUGUAAUCCCAGAAGUACCGUCACAUGUAGAUUUCGACACAAACUUCAACGUAAUGUGCAAUGAAAUAGAAGAACAACUGCAGAGACUUACCCAAAUCAAUGAACGGAUGGCAACUUUUGUCCCUGAAACAGAAACUACACCUACCUCUUUUGAUAGUACUGCACGAAACCCGCUCAAUUCUAAUAAUAUGGCAGCUGGAAGACUUAGUCAACUGCAUACAGCUAAACGACAUCGUGAAAUUCUUCGUGAUUAUGCUCAGGAGUUUCGUCAAACUAAAGCCAAACUCAUUGCUGCACGUGAACGUGAAAACCUUCUAGGAUCUGUUUAUCGAGACACAAACUCUACAACUGUAAAUCUAAGCGGUGAUUUUACUUCAAAGCCUCAAUCUGAUGUAGAUUCUUCCGGUGGUAAUCAACGUUCCGGUUUACAGUCAAAUAUAUCUAGUUCAACUCGUUUACUUCUAGAUGAACAAGAAAAAUACCAUCGCUCUAAUCGUCUGUUGGAUGAACAUUUAGCUGCAGCAUCAACAAUACGAGCCGCAUUACGUGCCCAACGCUUCGCACUACGCACUGCCUCAACAGGUCUAUCGAAUUUAAGUUCCCGUUUUCCACAGGUAAAGAAACUGAUCAAUAAAAUUGACUGGAAACACAAGCAAGACUCAAUUGUUUUGGGGCUAGUCAUUGGUUGUUGUGUUGUGUUUCUGCUAAUUUACCGCUUCUUUUGAGUUAUAUGCAUAUAUAUUACUUAUUUUUUUAGAAGGUAGUACUGUGAUGUUUUCACUAAUAUCUUGUAAUUUCAAAUUACGAAUGAGGUGCGUGUGAGUAUGUACAUGUAUUUCUGCUAUUGUUGAUAUUAUUAUUACUAAUCCCUUACUUUUCAUGUUGCCAGUAUCUUCUCACUAAUAGUAUCUGGAGUUUUGUUUUUCAAGUUGAUGCACAAUGCUUAGCUUUCACAAAUAGAGGGGUCUUACUUAAAAAAUGGAACAAACAAGCUAUAUCCCAAGUCUAUUGACAAAAACCUAUCCAAACAUGUUUAGAAAUGUUCUAAGAUAGUUCCUGUAAAUUGGCAUGGAGCAAACCCAGGGUAUCUUAAGGAGAAAUUCUCCAUAACCAUAUUGAAUUAACAUAAUAAAAAUCUUACGGGAAUUGUUAUAAAUAGGGGGAAUGUUUUAUGCACACCUCAAUUUUAGUCAGCGUUAUUAAUAAAAAAAUACAUACACAUUCGAGAAUUUCUUACUAAGCAACGUAUUCUUUUCUUACAGAGUCAAUUAGAUCCAGUAUUUUUUUAAAGAAAUAGGGUAUUCCCAUAAAUAAUAAAAUGGCUUUGUAUUUCCAGUACAUAAGUUCUUUUCGUAAAUACUAAGAAGAAACAUAGAAACAUCUCAUUACUGUUUAAUACUCUAACCUUCGAAAUAUAUACGAAGUUGAACUAUUUACCAUCUUAACCACACAUUUUCACGGUCACACUUUAAGAUAUUCAUAUGCUUCGACCAGUGUAACUCGCUUCAUGUGAGAAUUCGGACUUAUCAGUGAUAAAAACAUGAUGAAAAAUUUUAAAGAUUACAUUUUAUGAUCAUUAAUCUGUGAAAGAUAGUAAUUAUCUAAUAACUAUAUUAACAAAUGAAGACUUUAUGUGGUUAAAGUUUUCUCAACAAACCGAAACUAUUAAAAAGAAGGUAGCUCUCGUCAUUCACUAACACCAUCUGAAAGGCAGUGAAAACUGGGCAGCUAUAUAGUCCUAAUUUGAUCAUUCUCAGCCAUGUGCACAUCAUAUCCCCGAAGCUUCAAACAGGGUCAAAACCUAACACUUUAUAACCUUAUAGUAAGCUUGAUACCCCCAAAUGCUCUGGUACGGCCGAGGGUGGGGAAGUCCGCUCCCUCUCUAAAUGCUCUCAUAUGGCCACGCGU